AUGCAACCUCAAGAAGCAGAGGCAGGGAACAAAAAACACAAUGAAAACUGGAAUAAAUCCAGUAGUAAUGAUGCAGAACAGGGAAAGAAUAAAGAUCAAGAGAAAAAGAGUAAAAUCCAGAAGCAAGGAAAGGGAUGGAGAAGCCGGUGGGGUUUGGAUAGCUCACCUGAAAAACAUGUCCCCAGAUCUUUGGAGGAAACAACAUCGGGUAGCAGUAGUGGGCUCUGCAGCACAUGGGGAAAUGGAGCAUUCAGAACAUUUGAUGACAAGUUUUACCAUUUUACAUCAACCUGCAACUAUAUUCUGAGUCGCCAGUGCACAAGUGGUGCAGAGGAUUUCAACAUCCAAAUUCGCCGAGGGUCAGACGGUAAUCUAGAACACAUUUACAUCCAGAUAGAAGGUGUCAAAAUUCUGGUGGCGAAUGGGACAAUUUCACUUCAAGAUGUGAUAAUAAGUCUUCCACAUCAUGACAAGGUAAUUGGCAUCCAUAAAAGUGGAAUUUACACAAAACUUUCAAACAGGAAGCAUACUAUAUCUGUGAACUGGAACAGUGAAGAUGCAUUAUGGGUAACUCUUGAUGAACAAUAUCAAGGACAAUUGUGUGGCCUUUGUGGAAAAUUUGAUAAAAACAGCAGCAGCACUUAUGAUUUAACUUUUAUAAAUACAAACAAGCUGGAUGUUUUGGGCCACACAUGUUACAGCAGCCCCCAUUCAAGUCAAUCAUGUGAAACAAGCAGUCAAUGUGAAGCAAUUUCACUUCUGUUCCUGUCAUGUUUUGAAAACCGUAUGAUUGGACAAUAUUGGAGGAUGUGUCGGGCAGAUGUUUGCAGCUGUAAAGGAUCAGGGUGUAAAUGUGCUUCUUUUGCGGAAAUUGCACGGCAAUGUGAUAAAGGCACCUUUCGUUUGUGGAAAAACUGGAGGACAGACACAGAGUGUCCACUGCCCACCUGUCCUGGGAAUCAGAGUUACGAGGAGUGUGGCCCUGCCUGUAUUCCAAGCUGCACUGAUCCAAAUCCUCAACGACAGAGCGAUCAGUGUGUGAAUACUUGCGUAUGUCCAGAAGGCAAAGUUCUUGAUAACAUAAGAGGCACCAACAGAUGCAUCACUAAAAGUGCUUGUCCUUGCGAAUACAGUGGAACGAUUUAUCAAUCUGGAGAGAUCAGAAACACUUCAUGUCAGUCAUGCAUUUGCGAAAGAGGAAAAUGGUCAUGCUCUUAUCGCAGCUGUCCCGGGAGGUGUACAAUUGAAGAAGCAACCUAUUUCACCACGUUCGACAACACCUACUACAGUAUGAUCGGAGAUUGUUCAUACUACGCUGUUUAUACAGAAGACUGGAACAUCAAGGUAGAGCUCCACCAGUGUCAAGCAGCAUUUAAACAGCCGUGUUUGCAGCGUAUUACCUUAACUAAGAAUCAGACCAACAUUGUGUUCAGCAAUGAUGGCAAAGUAUAUUUCGAUGGAAAUGAAGUUUUAAUUCCUCUGAGAACAGGUGAAAUAAUAAUAUUUCAGCAAUCUUCAAUGUACAUUCAAGUGGCAACUACAUUUGGCCUAAAAAUGCAAGUGCAGAUACUUCCUAUUAUGCAGCUUUACAUCUCACUGUCUGAGGAUGCAAAGGGAAGCACAAAAGGGUUAUGUGGCACCUUCAAUGAUGAUGCAGAUGAUGACUUCCUGUCUGCACAGGGCAUCGUGGAGAGUACACCCAUUACUUUUGCUAAUUCCUGGAAGACUGAGGACCAUUGCUCCGAAUCAACAAUACCUUCUCCUUGCAUUAGUUCAGAAAAUGAAAACUAUGCCAAACAACAUUGCUCCCAUUUAAAAGAUCCAGCAGGUGCUUUCUCCAUUUGCCAUUCUACAGUGGAUUACAUGAAAUUCUAUCAAAUGUGUGUAGCUGCCACCUGUGCCUGUGAGAACAUCAAGGACUGUCUAUGUGCUGGAUUGGGAGCGUAUGUUCAUGAAUGUGCUGCUCAUGGUGUCAUCGUGAGAAACUGGAGAAAAGACACCUGCAAUAAACCAUGUGCCAACUCUCAGGUCUUUGAGAAUAACAUGAGGGCCUGUAACCGCACCUGUCGAUCACUAUCCCAGUACGAUUACACCUGCGAUGUUAGGGAUGUUCCAGUUUAUGGCUGUGGCUGUCCUGAGGGAAAGUACAUGGACAAUACUGGAGCUUGUAUUGAUAAAUCAGACUGCUCGUGUUAUAUUGGAGAACUGGUUAUCAAAAAAGGACAAAGCAUUACUCUGAAUGGUAGAAUCUGCACUUGUGAAAAUGGGAAACUUUCCUGUCCUAUAGUUCCUACCACCACCAGACCAGGAUGUCCAAAUAGGAAAGUUUAUAAUGAUUGUACCAAUGUGAUCGCAAGGAGAAAGAACAGUGCAAACACAUGCAGAAGUCGAAGUUUGCCACAUACUAAUAGCCGCUGUGUCCCUGGCUGUGUCUGUCCUGAUAAUCUUGUGGAAGAUGACAAUGGAAGAUGCAUCGACCCUGAACAGUGUCCUUGUUUAUAUGGAGGAGAAAGUCAUGCUACUGGAAAAUCAAUCCAAAGGGACUGCAAUAGAUGCACCUGCAGAGCCGGAAAAUGGCAUUGUACUACCAACCCAUGUCCAAAGACCUGUCAGGUUCAUGGAGAUGGUCAAUAUGUAACCUUCGACGGAAAGAGAUACAUGUUUGAUGGCAACUGCGAAUAUGUUUUUGCUGAGGAUUAUUGCAAUCAAGGACAUGGGACAUUCCAAAUAUUAACAGAAAGUGUUCCGUGUUGUGAAAAUGGUGUGACAUGCUCAAGGAAUAUCAAAAUUUUACUUGCGGGUAAGGAAUUCAUUCUAACAGAUGGCAGAGUGGUUCAAUCUGCUAAAUUCGGUCAAACCCAGUGCACAGAUGAUUCCUAUUCACUUCACACUGUUGGACUCUAUCUAAUCCUUACAUUUUCCAAUGGGAUCACUGUGAUAUGGGACAAACGCACAAGAGUUUCAAUCACACUGGAUCAAAGGUGGAAGAAAAAAGUAUGUGGUCUGUGUGGAAAUUUCAAUGAUGAUGUUGCAGAUGAUCUAACAACAAAAGGGAACUCUGUGGUGACUAAUGCUGUAAGAUUUGGAAGCAGCUGGAAAUCAUCGCUGUCUUGCUCUGAUAUUAUGAAUCAAACAUUCCCUUGUGACAGAAACCCAUAUUGUUUAGCAUGGGCUCAAAGAAAGUGUAGCAUAAUCAAGGAUGCGGUGUUUCAAAAAUGCCACAAAAAGGUUGAUCCUACACCUUUCCAUGACGCUUGUGUCCAAGAAGCUUGUGCCUGUGACUUGGAAGGGAAAUACCUGGGUUUCUGUACCGCCGUAGCAGUGUAUGCAGAAGCUUGUAAUAAAGCUGGCGUUUGUAUUGACUGGAGAACCCCAGACCUGUGUCCUGUGUAUUGUGAUUAUUAUAACACUCCUGGUGAAUGCAGCUGGCAUUAUCGGCCAUGUGGUACAUUAACAGCAAAAACGUGCUCGGACCAUUAUAUUGGAAAGAAGUUCUCUGCAAUACUUGAAGGUUGUUAUGCAAAAUGUCCAGAGAAUGUUCCUUAUCUGGAUGAAAACACAAUGAAAUGUGUGAACUUAUCUGAAUGCAGUUGCUAUUAUAAGGGGAAAAUACUGCAACCAGGUGAAAGAACAAGGAAUGACUGUGAAGAAUGUGAAUGCAAGGAUGGGAAAGUCACAUGUAUAGUAAUAACUACAGAAAGCACAACGCCAUUUUCAGAAACAUCACCAAUCGUAACUUCUUCUACAACAACCUUUGCAGAAGAAACAACUACAACAACAAAGUGGGAAAUAACCACAACUGAAACAACACCACCACUGAUACCUACUGCAGCUAUAACUACAACCAGCUACAUACCUGAAACUACUUCAUUGAUCGUGACAGCAACUUCAACCAGGUCUACCACCAGUUACAUACCUGGAACGACACCACUGACAGUGAGACCGACUACAACUACAUCCGCCACCAGCUACAUGCCUGGAACGACACCACUGACAGUGAGACCGACUACAACUACAUCCGCCACCAGCUACAUGCCUGAGGAGGAAUGCAAUGGUGAAUGGUCUGGUUGGUUCAAUGAAAAUACACCUUCUGUGAUCAGCCCGGGCGAUUCUGAAUUAUUGGAUCCCAUACGCGAUGAACUGUGUCCUUCCUCUUCUGAUGCAAUUAAUAAAAUUCAGUGCCAAUUUGCUGAUUACCCUGAGCGGCCAAUAAGUGAAUCAACAGACAAUGUGACCUGUGACAUAGACACAGGACUUGUCUGUAAAUUCACUGAAAGUGCUUUAUCGGACAGGAGAUUUUGCUAUGACUACCAAAUUCGGGUUUGCUGUGAGCCACAAAUAAUAAUAGAAUGGACAACAACCCGUCUGCCUGAAACUACCUCUACAACCACAAUUCCUGGAACGACACCACUGACAGUGAGACCGACUACAACUACAUCCGCCACCAGCUACAUGCCUGAGGAGGAAUGCAAUGGUGAAUGGUCUGGUUGGUUCAAUGAAAAUACACCUUCUGUGAUCAGCCCGGGCGAUUCUGAAUUAUUGGAUCCCAUACGCGAUGAACUGUGUCCUUCCUCUUCUGAUGCAAUUAAUAAAAUUCAGUGCCAAUUUGCUGAUUACCCUGAGCGGCCAAUAAGUGAAUCAACAGACAAUGUGACCUGUGACAUAGACACAGGACUUGUCUGUAAAUUCACUGAAAGUGCUUUUUCGGACAGGAGAUUUUGCUAUGACUACCAAAUUCGGGUUUGCUGUGAGCCACAAAUAAUAAUAGAAUGGACAACAACCCGUCUGCCUGAAACUACCUCUACAACCACAAUUCCUGGAACGACACCACUGACAGUGAGACCGACUACAACUACAUCCGCCACCAGCUACAUGCCUGAGGAGGAAUGCAAUGGUGAAUGGUCUGGUUGGUUCAAUGAAAAUACACCUUCUGUGAUCAGCCCGGGCGAUUCUGAAUUAUUGGAUCCCAUACGCGAUGAACUGUGUCCUUCCUCUUCUGAUGCAAUUAAUAAAAUUCAGUGCCAAUUUGCUGAUUACCCUGAGCGGCCAAUAAGUGAAUCAACAGACAAUGUGACCUGUGACAUAGACACAGGACUUGUCUGUAAAUUCACUGAAAGUGCUUUUUCGGACAGGAGAUUUUGCUAUGACUACCAAAUUCGGGUUUGCUGUGAGCCACAAAUAAUAAUAGAAUGGACAACAACCCGUCUGCCUGAAACUACCUCUACAACCACAAUUCCUGGAACGACACCACUGACAGUGAGACCGACUACAACUACAUCCGCCACCAGCUACAUGCCUGAGGAGGAAUGCAAUGGUGAAUGGUCUGGUUGGUUCAAUGAAAAUACACCUUCUGUGAUCAGCCCGGGCGAUUCUGAAUUAUUGGAUCCCAUACGCGAUGAACUGUGUCCUUCCUCUUCUGAUGCAAUUAAUAAAAUUCAGUGCCAAUUUGCUGAUUACCCUGAGCGGCCAAUAAGUGAAUCAACAGACAAUGUGACCUGUGACAUAGACACAGGACUUGUCUGUAAAUUCACUGAAAGUGCUUUUUCGGACAGGAGAUUUUGCUAUGACUACCAAAUUCGGGUUUGCUGUGAGCCACAAAUAAUAAUAGAAUGGACAACAACCCGUCUGCCUGAAACUACCUCUACAACCACAAUUCCUGGAACGACACCACUGACAGUGAGACCGACUACAACUACAUCCGCCACCAGCUACAUGCCUGAGGAGGAAUGCAAUGGUGAAUGGUCUGGUUGGUUCAAUGAAAAUACACCUUCUGUGAUCAGCCCGGGCGAUUCUGAAUUAUUGGAUCCCAUACGCGAUGAACUGUGUCCUUCCUCUUCUGAUGCAAUUAAUAAAAUUCAGUGCCAAUUUGCUGAUUACCCUGAGCGGCCAAUAAGUGAAUCAACAGACAAUGUGACCUGUGACAUAGACACAGGACUUGUCUGUAAAUUCACUGAAAGUGCUUUUUCGGACAGGAGAUUUUGCUAUGACUACCAAAUUCGGGUUUGCUGUGAGCCACAAAUAAUAAUAGAAUGGACAACAACCCGUCUGCCUGAAACUACCUCUACAACCACAAUUCCUGGAACGACACCACUGACAGUGAGACCGACUACAACUACAUCCGCCACCAGCUACAUGCCUGAGGAGGAAUGCAAUGGUGAAUGGUCUGGUUGGUUCAAUGAAAAUACACCUUCUGUGAUCAGCCCGGGCGAUUCUGAAUUAUUGGAUCCCAUACGCGAUGAACUGUGUCCUUCCUCUUCUGAUGCAAUUAAUAAAAUUCAGUGCCAAUUUGCUGAUUACCCUGAGCGGCCAAUAAGUGAAUCAACAGACAAUGUGACCUGUGACAUAGACACAGGACUUGUCUGUAAAUUCACUGAAAGUGCUUUUUCGGACAGGAGAUUUUGCUAUGACUACCAAAUUCGGGUUUGCUGUGAGCCACAAAUAAUAAUAGAAUGGACAACAACCCGUCUGCCUGAAACUACCUCUACAACCACAAUUCCUGGAACGACACCACUGACAGUGAGACCGACUACAACUACAUCCGCCACCAGCUACAUGCCUGAGGAGGAAUGCAAUGGUGAAUGGUCUGGUUGGUUCAAUGAAAAUACACCUUCUGUGAUCAGCCCGGGCGAUUCUGAAUUAUUGGAUCCCAUACGCGAUGAACUGUGUCCUUCCUCUUCUGAUGCAAUUAAUAAAAUUCAGUGCCAAUUUGCUGAUUACCCUGAGCGGCCAAUAAGUGAAUCAACAGACAAUGUGACCUGUGACAUAGACACAGGACUUGUCUGUAAAUUCACUGAAAGUGCUUUAUCGGACAGGAGAUUUUGCUAUGACUACCAAAUUCGGGUUUGCUGUGAGCCACAAAUAAUAAUAGAAUGGACAACAACCCGUCUGCCUGAAACUACCUCUACAACCACAAUUCCUGAGGCGGAAUGCAAUGGUGAAUGGUCUGGUUGGUUCAAUGAAAAUACACCUUCUGUGAUCAGCCCGGGCGAUUCUGAAUUAUUGGAUCCCAAACGCGAUGAACUGUGUCCUUCCUCUUCUGAUGCAAUUAAUAAAAUUCAGUGCCAAUUUGCUGAUUACCCUGAGCGGCCAAUCAGUGAAUCAACAGACAAUGUGACCUGUGACAUAGACACAGGACUUGUCUGUAAAUUCACUGAAAGUGCUUUUUCGGACAGGAGAUUUUGCUAUGACUACCAAAUUCGGGUUUGCUGUGAGCCACAAAUAAUAAUAGAAUGGACAACAACCCGUCUGCCUGAAACUACCUCUACAACCACAAUUCCUGAAACUACGUCACCGAUUGUAACAACGACUUCAACUGCAUCUACCACCAGCUACGUACCUGAAACUAUGCCACCGAUUGUGACAACAACUUCAACUACGUCCACCACCAGCUCCAUACCUGAAACAACGCCAUUGGUACGGACAACAACUUCAACUAAAUCUACCACCGGCUACAUACCUGAAACUACACCAGCAAUACAGACAACGACUAUAACUACAUCCGCCACUAGUUACACACCUGAAUCCACCACAAAGGCUGUGACAAUACCCGCAACUGAACCUUUCACCACACCUGGAAGAUAUACAACAGUGACAACAACCACAAGCUGGCCUAUCCGGGCCACCACUACAGAACUAUUUUGCAAUGGUGUAUGGUCAGCCUGGUUUAAUGAAAAUACACCAUCCAUUCAGAACAAAGGAGAUUCUGAGUUAUUGGAGCCAAUUCGCUAUAAACUGUGUCCUUACUCCCCGUAUCAAAUAAGUGACAUUGAUUGUGAAGCUGUCAAGUUCCCACAACGACCAAUAAGUGAAACAAAGGAUAAUGUGACUUGUGAUAUUGACAAAGGGUUGAUUUGCGAUUAUAAUGAACAGUCGCCUGAGAAGCACCUCAUGUGUUUGGACUAUAGAAUUAGAGUGUGCUGUGAGCCAAAACUAACAACACAAAUUACAUCCACAACCGCUAUACCUACAGUAAAGUCUACGAUCUAUGAGCCCCCAAUAAUUCCUGUCACAGGGAGACCUCUAAAAUCAUGUCACUGCCUUACAAAUCCACCAAAGAAGUGCGGUGAAACAUGGAAGGAAAACUGCACUACGUUUACUUGUAUCAAAGGAAACAUGUUUAAAAUGAAUCCCAUUGUCUGUCCAGCAUUGAUUAAACCAACAUGUAACAACAACAUCGAGCCUGUGAAAAUUCGCACUGCAAAUGGAUGUUGUGAGAAAUGGGAAUGUGACUGUGAAUGUGAAAUAUGGGGAGACCCACACUAUCGCACAUUUGAUGGUCUAUGGUAUGACUUCUUUGAGAACUGCACCUACACCCUUUUGGAAGAACGAGUUCCAAGAUACCAUUUCUCAGUUCUGGUAGAUAACUAUUUUUGCUUCCCCUUCGUAAAGAAGUCUUGUCCAAAAGGCCUAAUUAUUUCUUACAAUGGAACUGUUGUACGUAUUUUAACUGGAGAAACAUAUGUGUUAACUAUCAAUGGAGCUGAUGUGAGUCUUCCCUAUAGUGCAAACGGAUUUAAAAUGACUAAACUGGGCAUCAGCACAUAUAUUUCCAUUCCUGAUAUUCGAACAAGCAUUACUGCUUUCCGUAAUGCCUUCAAGAUCAGAGUGCCAGAAAAAUACUUCCUUAAUAAUACCCGAGGCCAAUGCGGAUCUUGCUCCCACUCCCCACCCCAAUGCAUAAGAAAGAGUGGAAAAGUUGAGCCAUCCGAUUGUUGUCACAAAACUGCAUAUGAUUGGAGAGUUGAUGAUCCCAAUAAACCUUAUUGUCAAUCAGCUUCUACUAAUGAGCCUUGUACCCCAGUUCCCCCUCCGCCAACAUGCAAACCUGAGGAAACAAUCUGUAAUGUCAUUCAAAGAAAGCCAUUUGAACAAUGCAGAAGGAAGAUCAACCUUGAUAAGUACAUCAACACUUGUGUCUUUGACCAUUGCCAGCUAAAUUCCACCGUUGACUGCAGUAGCUUGGAAUCUGCUGCUUUGGCUUGUGCAAGCGUUGGCAUAUGUGUUGACUGGAGGCCUUUCACAAAUGGAGUGUGCAAUUAUACCUGCGAUCAAGGUUUAGUGUACAAGCCAUGUCAAAGCAAGAAAGACAAUCAAUGCAAAAAUGAUUCGGUGAUAGCUGGGGAGAUAUUAGUUCCUGCUGAGGAAGGUUGUUUUUGUCUGGAUGGAAUGAUCCUAUCUGAAGAGAAAUCCAAAUGUGUUGCUUCCUGUCAAGUUUGCCGUGACCAAUUAGGACAGCCAAGAAAGGAGGGUGAUACAUGGGUGGAUGCUAAUAAUCCAUGCCUCUCAUAUGAAUGUACUGAGUAUGGAGUUGUAAUCACAAAUAAAUCCUGCAAUCAGGAUGAAAGCUGCCCCAAGCCUUACAGAGUUUAUAUCGAUCGUUGCUGUUUUACAUGCAGACCAGCUCAAGGAUUAUGCAAAGUUAAUAAAUUCAAUGAAACAAUCAGGAGGGGACAGUGUGAAACUAUUUUUGAAGCAACACAAUGUCAAGGGCAUUGUUCAUCAGCAACGCGAUACGACUUCAAAAGAAAUCGCAUGAACCAUUAUUGCCAGUGCUGCCAUGAAUAUAAGACUGAAAAAGUGUCAGUGAAUCUACAUUGUAAAAAUGGGAAGAGCAAGACAGUCAAGUAUAUGAACAUCAAGUCUUGCAUAUGCAAAGAUUGUGAAAAUGGGGACUAACAGCUGGUACACAUGUACAUCUACUGAACUAAACAUCAUGAUUUCGGCAACUUAAUUUUCCAAUGUGCUUUUAAAUUUAUCUUUACCAAUUGAUUACUUUUAAUUAAAUGUCACAAUAUGAAAAGCUAUUUCUUAAAAUCUUGUUUCUGAUAAAGGCUACGGUUUUGUGGUGGGAGGUAGUGAAGUAGUUACAGCUCCUGUACUGUACACGUUGGAUACUUUUUAUAUGAAUAAAAAUGAUAAUCAACAAACAAA